AUUAUUUCUUUUGAUACCGAACCAGGUGUUCAAUCAUUAUCUGAUAGCAUUAACGUUUGAUAAAACUCUAUAUUUUCAACGCAAAAUAACAGUAUCACGGAACACAGUUGUACUGUUAAGUCAACGAUCAUGUGGUUAUUUACGAAUUUUACAUUUCUUCGUUUAUUGAUCAUACAAAUCCUCUUUCAUUUUGGUACCUCGUUCGAUCAUCCAUUGGAGAAUAAUUAUAUUUCAACGAACAAUAUUGAAUGGAGUUGCAAAUCAGACGCAGAAUGUACGACCAAUGGUAGUAUCUGUAAAGAACAACAAUGUCAAUGUUCACCCGGUUAUGUUUUCAACAAUGAUAUGACCGCCUGUCUACGAGUCGCAAAGGCCUAUGGUGACAAAUGCGAGGAAACAAUACAAUGUUCGAGAUAUCUUUUUAUUGGUGGACAGUGCAUUGAAAAUGCAUGCAUCUGCGCACCCGGAUUCCAUUACCUACAUGGUAGAUGUUACAAGACACUGGAGCUUACUGGGAAAUGUAAAAAUGACGAUGAUUGUUAUAUAAACUUUGAAUUUGGGUCGACCGUCUGCGAUAAUGGAAUUUGUAAAUGUCGUGAUGGUUUUUACCAACGCGAAUAUCGUUCCUGUCGUAAGAAAGCAAACAUCAACGAAGAAUGUUUAGUCGAUAUCGAUUGCAAAUUCAACAAAAAUGCUCACUGCGUCAAUUUUAAAUGUACUCUUGAGGAAAAGAAAACAAGUUAUAAUAUAACAUCGCGAACUUCCUUCAAUUCCUAUUAUAGACUAUUUGCCGAUAAAUAUGAUAGAUAUUUAUUAACAAAUAGAGAUACGAUCAAUAAUUCUAUUUCAAUUUAUAUGACAAAAGCAAUUACUGAAUGGAAUAAUUGUACCAAAGAUUCAGAUUGCAAAAUCCAUGAGAAUGCAAUUUGUGAUACAUCAGGAAAAUGUAUUUGCAAACGCGCACACUUUGUACCUUCUACAAGUAAAAAUAAAGUAUGCGUUCCAGAACUUGGACAACAUUGUAAAAAUAAUGAUUUAGUGCAUAUUAAAAACUCGAUUUGUAAAAAUGAAGUGUGGAAAUGCGCGAAUACAAAACUCGUGUCGAAAAAUAAUCAAGAAUGUCUGAAAGCUACGAGAAAAUACAACUCAUCUUGUCAACGGGACGAACAGUGCUCCAUCUUUGGUCCUGACGCGAUUUGUAAAAAUAAGAGAUGUCUGUGUAAUGAAGAGAGAUCUCAUUUCGUCGAAGAAUUGCUAUUUUGUUGGUCGAAUAAAGGAAUGAAUGAGAGUUGUAAAGUGAACGAGGAUUGUUAUGUUGAAGGAUUGAACGGCACGCUCGUUUGUACGAACAACGUUUGCUAUUGCUCCGAAGGCACACAUUCGAGCUCUAACGGAACGAUCUGUAUAAAUAGUAACGCGGAAUUGGGAAUGUUUUGUGAAAACGACAAACAUUGUACGACCUCACAUUCCGUAUGCACAAACAACGUAUGCACUUGCGAUAAGUCAUAUUAUGAGUUAAAGAAAAAGUGCUAUCCAGGUAUAAAUGCAAACUGCACUUUGAAUAAGCACUGUCAACCUAUGUAUUCUUCUUGUUCUUCCGGAGUAUGUACUUGCAAAGAAGGUUACAUUAGCUCUUCGACGUCUACCUGCUUGCCAAAAGCAAAAUAUGGGGAAGAAUGUUCGCAUGAUAUUCAAUGUAAUGCUGUAACGUCAAAUGCAAUUUGUUCCUGGAAUUCGAACAACUCUUUGUCGAUUAAAUCUUGCAGCUGUGGCAAAGAUCGUUACUUCAGAUACUCCAGCUGUUUGACAAAGAAACUUCUCGGCGAAUCGUGUAUGUCACGCGGCGAGUGUUACUUAGAUUUCAAUCAGAAUCGAGCAAUUUGCAUGAACGGUCUGUGUACGUGCGACUGGCAAUACGUUCAGGUCAAUGACACCGUAUGCGAGAAGAAUUUGAAAGUUUUUGCUAUACCGGGCGGUGCCAUCGAAACGUUCUCAAGGUCGUCCUUACCAAUCCUGUCGAUCAGUUUGAUACUACUCGACCUAAUUCGAUGAGCUUGAUCGUUCCUCGAGGAGCCUUCAAUUAUUCAAGCACGAAGUGCGAGAGCGUGUUAACGUUGAUCGACGAGGGACUUACAAGCGAAUUAGCCGACAGAAUCGAUAGUCAUAGGUAUGAUCUGAACUUUGGCCAAUCGUUUUGUUUCGCGAUGCGCUUAAUAAUAAAAACAAAAGUAUUAUGUAUAAGAAAAUGAA